AUCACACGCAGAAACGUUGGGUUGUUGCUCGUCGUAGACAAUCUCUGCGUUUUAACGCAUUGUGUGGAUUUGAUAAUCAUACAUCUUCUAGCUUAAAAACCAAACAUCUGGCUAUGGAAAAUCGCUGUUGCGUUUCUAAAGAGCAAUUAAGCGACAACCCUGCUGCUUUCGUCUUGUUCACGGUCGCUCUCCUCUCAUAAGCACUCAUUUUUGGUCUCCCUGCAUCCCGAGAGCUGGGAGAUAACUGGCACCUUCUAAACCUGCACGUAAAGAAGACUUCACAAAUAAAGCAAACCCUCCAGUUCGAGUGUGAUUGAGAAGCCGAGAGACAUGUCUUCGCAGGUGCCAACCAGCAUAGAACUUCCUCCUAAAAAAUCCAGAGGUAGACCAAAGGGACGCAAAAACAAUUCAUCGCUAAAGGUUCUUAUAAGAUUUGAUGAUGUGGCUGUUUACUUCAGUGAAGAUGAAUGGAAUUGCUUGGAAGAGGCACAGAAAGUUCUUUACAGAGAAGUCAUGAUGGAAAAUUAUCAGACUCUCAACUCAGUUGGCUAUGAAUAUGAAAAACCAAAUAUUAUAGUGAAGAUUGAGAAAGGCGAGGAGUCUUACGUGGAACAGUCUCAUCAUUCACCAAGUAAGAUAGAUUAUGUAUCCAUGCUGAACAAACUGAGAAAAAAAUCUACGCAUCUUGACUUGCCAGACCAGGUUUUUGAGGAUAUGGCAAUAUCUCAAUAUUUUCCUAUAGAACAUAGAAGCAAGGAAAGUAUGAAAAAGGCCAAGCAAACACCGGACCAAUCAAAUUCUUCACAAGGAACAAAUGUAGGUGACCUCAAAAUGAGCAGACGAAGGUCAUCUAGAAGAAAAUCACACAGUGUUACAAAACAUAUAUGGGAUUCAGAGUCUCCAGAAAGAUUGUGCUCUUUGGAGCUAUCUGAGGAUCCAGAUCAGUCUGUUCGGAGAAAGAAACAUUAUGUGUGUGAUCAAUGUGGAAAAAACUUUGGUCGCAGCUCAGUGCUUCGGAGACAUCAAAGGGCUCAUUCUGGAGUGAAACCCCAUUCAUGCACUGAAUGUGGGAAAAAAUUUGUUCAAAAAUCUCAACUUGUUGAACACCAGCGUACUCACACUGGUGAGCGACCAUAUGUGUGCUCUGAAUGCAAAAAGACGUUUAGUUUGAGCUCACACUUGGUCCAGCAUCGUAGAAUCCAUACAGGAGAAAGGCCAUACGUCUGCUCUGAAUGUGGAAAAAGUUUUAUUCGUGGUUCUGAUCUUGUCCAACACCGUAGAAUUCACACAGGGGAAAGACUAUUUCCAUGCUCUGAGUGUGAGAAAAGGUUUACUCACCAGUCAGCCCUUCGUCAGCAUCGCAGGAUACAUUCAGGAGAGCGGCCGUACAGUUGUGAAAAAUGUGAUAAGAACUUCAACCAUAGCUCUCAUUUAGUAAGGCACAUGCGAACUCAUACAGGAGAAAAACCGUAUACAUGUACUGAAUGUGGGAAGAGCUUCAGUGACAGUUCGCAUUUGAUUAACCAUCAGCGAAUGCACACAGGUGAGAAACCCUACACUUGCAAAGAGUGUGGGAAAUGCUUCACUUAUAAUGCUGGCCUCAUACUGCACAGAAGAACCCACACCGGGGAACGACCGUAUGUCUGUAACAAGUGUGGGAAAAGCUUCAAAGGCAGCACUCACCUUCUUAGACACAAAAGGAUCCACACAGGUGAAAGGCCAUAUGCAUGCACAGACUGUGGGAAGACUUACACUGAUAGCUCUCAUCUUGUCAGUCACAGGAGAAAGCAUACAGGUGAGAAGCCUUACAGCUGCACAACCUGUGGGAAACAGUUUGCUAUGAAGGCACAUCUUGCUCAGCAUCUGAUUAUUCACACUGGAAAACAGCCAUAUGAAUGUACAGACUGCAGUAAACGUUUUACUUGGCAUACUUCUCUUAUCCAGCACCAGAGAAUUCAUGUUGGAGAGAAACCAUAUGAAUGUACUGAAUGUGGCAAAGGUUUUGCUCAAAAAUCAACACUUUCUGUACAUAAGAAAACCCAUAGUGAGAAAUUGACAGUUAUGUAAACAUAUCAUUUAACAAUUAUAAGCGCUGUAUAGUAUUUAUUGAGAAUUUAUACUCAGAGUAUAAAUUCAGAGUUUCUCAAUUUCAGUUUUCUAGUACCCAGUGCAUAUUUAAGGCAUCUCCUUAGCAUCCACAGAUCCCUGACUGUCUCUG